AUGGCCCAAGGCUGGGGCUCUGGUUCUGGACACAGCCUGGCCACACUGAAUCCCUUUCAAACAGAAGCAACUAGGGAGAUCCGGACAGACUCAGGCACUAGGGUUUUUCCAGGCCGGGCUUCUGGGAUCUGGGCAGAAUGCUUGAUCUUAGGCAAGUCGGCCUGUCUUGUUUCCUAUCUGGAAAUUGAGGGGGAGGCUGUUGAGUCUGGUCCAUGCUUCCCCUGCAAGCUCUUCCUCCUGGCCAUCUCCAUCUUCUUAGUGCCUAGCCAUUCCCGGAACACCAAAGGCAAAAGGAAGGGGCAAGGGAGGCCCGGUCCCUUGGCUCCUGGGCCUCACCAGGUGCCGCUGGACCUGGUGUCUCGAGUAAAGCCCUAUGCGCGCAUGGAAGAGUACGAGAGGAAUCUUGGGGAGAUGGUGGCCCAGCUGAGGAACAGCUCCGAGCCAGCCAAGAAGAAAUGUGAAGUCAACCUGCAGCUGUGGUUGUCCAACAAGAGGAGCCUGUCCCCAUGGGGCUACAGCAUCAACCACGACCCCAGCCGCAUCCCUGCGGACUUGCCCGAGGCGCGGUGCCUAUGUCUGGGUUGCGUGAACCCCUUCACCAUGCAGGAAGACCGUAGCAUGGUGAGCGUGCCAGUGUUCAGCCAGGUGCCUGUUCGCCGCCGCCUCUGUCCUCAACCUCCUCGCCCUGGGCCCUGCCGUCAGCGUGUCGUCAUGGAGACCAUCGCUGUGGGUUGCACCUGCAUCUUCUGAGCCAACCACCAACCCGGUGGCCUCUGCAGCAACCCUCCCUCCCUGCACCCACUGUGACCCUCGAGGCUGAUAAACAGUAAACGUUGUUCUUUGUAAAGGAA